AUGAAGAAGCUUUGUUCAAUCACAAUAGCGGCGUUACACUUACUGACGGCUGAUGCGUCUGUGUUACAAACAGACGCAUCACAGCAACUCACAAGCCAGCUUGUAAUGAAAGGCAAUGUCCGAGCAACUUUGGCACCUCCUUCCCCGUUGAUUUUCAAAAACACAUCGCCGGGGAAAGCCAUCAAGCCUGGAACAGAGCUCCGAAUUCUUCCAGUCGGAGACUCCAUCACAUAUGGAUUUCUGAGUAACCAGGAUGGCGGCGAUGGAAACGGAUACCGAUUGAGGCUUCGAGAGAAUCUUUCAAACGACACAGUUGUAUUCGCUGGCACCAUAACUUCUCCAGUGGGCAACAUGACCGACGGCUAUUUUGCUGCUUGGAACGGCAAAACAAUACAGUAUAUUGAGAACAAUGUCGGUCCAUCGCUCGACCAGCGCCCAAACAUCAUCCUGCUUCACGCUGGGACCAACGAUAUGAAUCCUGACAGCUCCAUUUCCACGGAAGGCAACGAUCCCGUAGCUGCAUCUCGGCGGCUCGGAAGUUUGAUCGACAAGAUGAUCGACUCGUGCCCGGACGCAGUCAUUCUCGUCGCCAUGAUCAUAGGGACCUGCCGCGUCGACCAGGCUCCCCAGACAGAAAUGUUUCAAUCGCUGGUCCCCGGCGUAGUAAUGCCGAGAUUUCAAGCAGGGAAGCACGUGCUGCCGGUGGACUUUUCGACCUUUGCCCUGAGCAAUUUGAGAGACUGCAUCCAUCCGACGAACCCAGGAUAUCAGCUGCUUGGACAUUAUUGGUAUGACUUUGUCGCGCAGAUUCCGCAGGACUGGAUAACAGAGCCUGUUGGAGACGAUCCCAAGAGGCAGGAUAGUUUUGCUAUGCAUCUUGGCACAAAUACGCCGUUGUUGAUGCUGCUGGUUUCAUUGUUUGUGUUGUUGCAUAUGUGA